UGCAUCGCCGCCGUAUUUUUAUCAGCCGUGAACAGCGUGUGUAUAUAUAUUUUAUUUCUCGUCGGCUUGGUUUUCUAUUUUCAGGGGUUUUAAACGCCUCAACAUGGAGCUCCAAAAUUGAUGAAGUCUUUCGCCUGGGGAGACGAUCUUUCGGGUUCUUGGUGGAGAGAUGGAUUUGGGUGUUUAUUAAAGUUCUGAUCUUCCUUAGUUUUGAUCGAGAAAAAUCGGGGCUUGUACAUAUCGCGUUAGAAAGUCUGAUCUUUUAGGAUUAUAUAGAGUUCAGCGCCUGACCUUAGGAUCUGGGUGGUGACUGGUUUUUCUUUUCCGAUUGACAUAUAAUCGGGAGGGAGUUCAAAUCGAUCUCGGAGGUUUCUGGUUUAGGUUAGGUUAUCAUCCGAAGUGGGAAGAAGACCGAUGCUUGGUGGUGGGAGUGAAUUUGAGGAAGAUAUAGGAGUUUUGCUCCGCGAACAGAGGAGGCAAGAAGCCGAUGAGCUCGAACGGGAGCUGAACUUGUAUAGAAGUGGCUCUGCCCCUCCCACUGUGGACGGUUCCCUCAGUGCCGGUGGUGGUGGAAGAGCCAAUAACGGAAAUGGGUUUGCUUCUGAUGACGAGUUUAGGAGCGAUCCUGAAUAUUUAUCUUAUUACUAUGCUAAUGUGAACUUGAACCCAAGGCUUCCUCCUCCUUGUAUGUCUAGAGAGGAGUUGAGGGUUGCGCAGAGGCUGAAAGGCACUGUGGCAGACGGUAUUGGAGAUAGAAGAAAGGUUAAUGGUGGAGCUGCUGCCAAUACUAACAGUGGGAACCGAUCUUUGUUCUCUAUGCCGCCUGGGUUUGAGUCUAGAAAGCAAGACAACCACGAGUUUCAGCCUGAGAACGUUAGCGGUUCUUCUGAGUGGGGAGGCCAUGGACUGAUCGGUUUGCCCGGUCUAGGUCUUGGAAGCAAGAAAAAUAGUUUUGCUGAAAUCUUUCAGGAUGACUUGGGGCAAGGAUUUGCUGUCCCACAACAACCUUCUCGUCCUGCUAGUCGCAACACUUUUGAUGAAAAUGCCGAUUCUGCAAAUAACCAGGCCCCAUCAGGAUCACAACCUUCAUAUAGCUAUGCAGCAGCUCUUGGUGCUUCUUUAUCAAGAAGUACGACUCCUGAUCCUCAGGCCAUUGCCAGGGCACCCAGUCCUUGCUUGACUCCCAUUGGCAGCGGGAGGGCCAGUGCCUCUGAGAAGAGAAACUUAAAUAACCACACCUCAUUUAGUGGUGUUUCAUCUGAUCUUGCUUCUGCUUUAUCUGGCAUGACUCUCUCAAGCAGUGAUGGGUUAGGUGAUCAAAGUCAGGCCAAGCAGGAUGUGGAAAAGGUCAGGAGCUAUAUGUUUGAACUACAAACUGGACAUAAUGAAAUAAAGCAACAUGGAUUUUCUUCAAGGAAUUCACACCUGAAAGGAUCACAGGCAUCUGCCUUUAAUGGUGGAGGUGCACCAGCCGGUUCGUAUCAUCAUGUUGAAAACCAGAAUUCGUCCAUCUCAAACUAUGGUUUGAGCAAUUAUCCAUUAAACCCUGCUGUAGCUUCUGUGAUGGCCAGUCAGCUGGGGUCCGGCAACUUCCCUCAUCUAUAUGGCAAUGUUGCUGCAGCAUCGGCUUUGGGAUUAUCUGGAGUAGACUCUAGACUCUUUGGAGGUCAAAACCUCUCAGAAUCGCACAAUCUUGGCAGGGUCAGCAAUCAAAUGACGGGAGGUGUUGCACUUCAGUCUCCUCUUUCUAACCCAAUGUAUCUUCAGUACUUGAAGACUUCUGACUAUGCGGCCCAGCUGGCAGCCAACAAUGAUCUUUCAAUGGAGAGGGGCUUUCUGGGUAACUCAUACAUGAACUUGCUUGAACUGCAGAAAUCACAGUACAAGUCUGGGGGAUCUAAUCACCAUGGCUAUUAUGGAAGUCCAACAUUUGGGUCCAGCAUGUCUUACCCUGGCAGCCCAUUGGCUAGUCAUGUUAUUCCUGAUUCUCUUGUGGGACCUGCUAGUCCUAUGAGAAGGAGCGGAGUGAAUAUGCGAUAUCCGUCGGGGAUGAGAAACUAUGCUGGAGGGGUUAUGGAACCAUGGCACAUGGAUACUGGGUUUGGAUCCUCGUUGUUGGAAGAGUUCAAGAGUAACAAGACAAGAUGUUUUGAGCUUUCAGAAAUAGCUGGCCACAUUGUGGAGUUCAGUGCAGAUCAGUACGGAAGCCGCUUUAUUCAGCAGAAACUUGAGACAGCCACUAUUGAGGAGAAAAACAUGGUUUAUGAGGAGAUCAUGCCCCAAGCUCUCAGCCUGAUGACUGAUGUGUUUGGUAAUUAUGUGAUUCAGAAGUUUUUUGAGCAUGGACUUCCUUUACAAAGGAGAGAAUUGGCAGAGAAGCUCCUUAAUAAUGUUCUGCCGCUUAGCUUACAGAUGUAUGGCUGUCGUGUGAUCCAGAAGGCGAUUGAGGUCGCUGAUUUGGACCAGAAGAUUAAGAUGGUGAAGGAACUCGAGGGACAUAUAACGCGAUGUGUACGUGAUCAGAACGGGAACCAUGUGAUUCAGAAGUGCAUUGAAUGCGUACCUGAAGAAGAUAUUCAGUUUAUUGUCUCAACGUUCUUUGGUCAAGUUGUGACUCUGUCCACUCACCCAUAUGGAUGCCGGGUCAUUCAGAGGAUAUUGGAACGCUGCCAUGACCUGGAUACGCAGAGUAAGGUUAUGGACGAAAUCCUCAGCUCUGUCAGUAUGCUGGCGCAAGAUCAGUAUGGAAAUUAUGUUGUUCAGCAUGUGCUGGAGCAUGGAAAGCCGCAGGAGCGCACUAUAAUAAUAAAGGAAUUAGCAGGAAAGAUAGUUCAGAUGAGUCAGCAGAAGUUUGCGUCGAAUGUGGUUGAGAAAUGUCUGACUUUCGGAGGUCCUGAAGAGCGUGAACUGCUCGUGAGUGAGAUGCUGGGCACAACCGAUGAAAACGAGCCUCUUCAGGCGAUGAUGAAGGAUCAGUUUGCAAACUACGUAGUGCAAAAGGUUCUAGAGACGAGCGACGAUCAGCAGCGCGAGCUGAUACUUUCCCGCAUAAAAGUGCAUUUGAACGCUUUGAAGAAAUACACUUACGGAAAGCAUAUCGUUGCCCGUGUUGAGAAACUCGUCGUGGCUGGAGAGAGGAGAGUUGCUGCACAAUCCAUGACCAUGUUGGCAUAAGGCCUGAAAAGAGUUGUACAGAGCUAAGCAGAGAAAUCUUUUGCAAUAACUAUAAAACCGGAAAACAAGGUUUGAUGCUUUGUGUUCUUGCGGAAUCUGUACAUUGAGUAAUGUUUCUUGAGAUUUUUCUUUCACUUGUGUACAAAGAUGCUUAUGAUAAGCCAAUGUGUACAACAGAGAGAGAUGUUCAUGCUUUUAGGUCUUUGAGGCAGUUAGGGUUUUUCUAAAUCCUUGUAUCUUAUUUCAUGACCUGAGUUUCCAUUCCAAGGAGCACAGUUUCGUUUUAUGCA